UUUGCAUCACUAGACUGUAGAUUUAUGGUGGGUGUGGUUUCAUUGUCUCACAUGUGAGUGACUAUUGUGAGGUGAACAAUCAUGAAGACUGCUGUACUGUUUCUGGCUCUCUGUGUAACUCUAUCCGUGGGCGCUGGUGUGAUAACCCGGGCCAGGCUAGAGAGCUGCAGUGGAUGACGACUGAACUCGCUUCCUAAAGUGAAGCGAUUCAUUAAUGAGAUCCUUCCAGACUACCCGGAUGUGGAGCUCAAGUACGUAGGGGGGGCUGAUCCAGUCAUGAUACUACUGGAUGCAGAAAAUGAGGAGGUGGAGCGUGUGUCUGUUAUGAAGAUGUCUGAGGAUGAGAUAAUGGCUUUACUAGCCUCUCAUGGUAUUGUUAAAAAACUUCCUGAAGAGGCUGAAGCUGAGGAGAACAACGAAUCUUUUGAUGAUCGUGAGGAACUCUAAUAAACUCUCUCUUAGACAUGAGCUCAAUUGUUAUUUUUUUGCUGUAAUUCAUUUUUGUAUGCUAGUCUUGAUGUAUCUGCUCAUAAUGGCAAGUAGCCAAGAGCAGAUGCGGAUGAUUGUAUAGCUGCCAUUUGUGCAUUCAG